AUGAAAGAGGGGAAGGAGAAGAGCGAGAAGCUUAUUGUCGCACACGCCCGCUUGGUCCGUCGAGGCGGCGCGAGGCAGGCGAGGGUCACGGAGCGGCAGAUGGGCGGCCGCGUUUUGGUAAAUGGCAAAAUGGAACGGUACACCAAAUCCUCCAUCGCCAGGAACGUCAUUCCAUCCGUCUGCCGUCCACGACCACCCCGGACUUGCCCUGACGUCGCUGCUACUAUGCUUCGCGGCUUAUCGACAGCAUGGUUUGCGGUAUCGGUAUCGGCGAAGAAAUGGAUUGGCCUGCACCUCGGGCCUGAAGCCUAUAGAGCACUGUGUACGCUCGGAAGCUGGGCUAUGAUGCCUGCAGGCUGA